GAUCACAUUUUGACUAGCACCAUUCUGGGAACCGAUCGGAGAUCUGUGGAUCAUGGCGACGGAGAAACAGGAUAAGGAGGAGGAGGUGAAGACGGAUGAUGGAUCUCCGAAGAUCAAACCGAGACCUAUUGUUCAGCUGGGAAUAUUUCUCAUCUCUCACAGUCCCGUCUUUAGCGUGGUUUUCUCUGCUGCUGGGGUUAUGGCGCUGCUGCUUUUACCGCUGCUUGCAAAGAACACUUACAUCUCCGAGAAUGCUCUAAUGCCAGGCUCUGCACGGUCUAUGCUCUCUCAUCGGGAUGUUUCUGAUGGAAGCAAACUGGUUAACGACGUAAAGAACUUUAGAUUGAAUCAUGAAGGCCAUGGUGUUGAAGUCCAGAGGCUCAUUGGAAACUACAUGUUAGAUAUGGGUGCUGAAGUUUCUUAUCAAAAGUUCCAGCCCGAAGGAAACCACUUUCACCCACUCCACUUCUUCUCCGGUCCUGCUUCAUUUACAAAUCUAGGGAAUGUCAGUUGUGCUUCUUAUGGGGUUAAUGUUGCUGGGAUUAUAAGAGCCCCUCGUGGUGAUGGAAAAGAGUCUAUUGUCCUGGUCACUCCCUAUGAUUUCAUAAACGGUGGAGAUUACGAGGCUUUGUCUUUAGGCAUUGCCAGUUCUCUAUUCUCCUUGCUCGCUAGAGUUACCUGGCUUUCCAAAGACAUUAUAUGGCUUGUUGCUGAUUCUCGCUAUGGAGACUAUAGACCAGUUGCCGCAUGGCUAACUGAAUACCACACACCUUCGUUUGAAGUCUCUGACUUGUCCAAGUGUGACGAGCUUAAUAUAUCUGUCAGCUUCAGAAGAGCUGGAACGGUGGCUGCUGCUUUGGUUGUGAAGGUUGAUGGUAGAAGCGAACGGUUGGAGGACACACUGAGUAUCUACGCAGAGGCAUCUAAUGGGCAGAUGCCAAACCUCGACCUCAUCAAUGUUGUGAAUUACUUAGCGGUGCACAGGCAGGGCUUUUAUGUUAAGGUGGAGAAGGUUGUAUCUUUACUCUCCUCUAGCUGGCUGAAGACUGUUGGGGAAAUAUUUGAAGCUGUUGGAAAAGUGGCUCGUACGUUAAAUCCUGACUGGAAAUUUGGUAUCCCAGCCGCAGACUAUCUUGAAGGCAGUGCUACGCUAGCUAGUUCACUCUAUUCUCAGGCCCUUGGUAUCCCAACUGGUCCUCAUGGAGCGUUCCGUGAUUAUCAAGUUGAUGCAAUUACUUUGAAAGUUUCGCCUAGAUUUCCUCCUGACAAUAAGGGAAGGCAACACGAGUUCUUUCUGCGAGGUGCACAGUUACUUGAAGGAACUAUAAGAUCAGUGAACAACCUCCUUGAGAAGUUCCAUCAAUCGUUUUUCCUUUACCUGUUAACUUCCCCAGGCAAAUUUAUCUCUGUCGGAGUCUACAUGAUCGCAUUUGCUCUUCUUGUAGCCCCUCUUCCGAUGGUCGCAGCCUCUUUAUACAUUGAUGGAUGUACCACUCAAAACCCUGCCGAAAACCUCAAGUCAUGGAAGUGGCUAGACGCAGCUAAACAGGUCUUUGCUUUGCACCUGUUAGGUUUCAUCGUCACACUGCUUCCAUAUUUCAUCUGUCAAGUACCGGGAGAACAAUCUCCAACAAACCGCUCCUUCAUAUGGGCCGCUACAUCUUCUUCGCUUCUCCUUAUAACCUUUGUCACAGUCCCGGGUUGCUCUCCCUUUUCCUCUCGCCUCCAUGGAGCCAACUGGGCUGUCUUGAAAUCAGUGACCAUCUCAGCUGCCUUCAUCGGUCUAUGCCUCAUGUCAAUAAUCAAUUUCGCCACCGCAGAGAUUGGAGCGUUGCUACUAGUGCCAAUGUGUCUAAUGGUUCGUCCAAUAAAACCAGAUUUGAGAUCCAGACGUGUGAAAAGCCUGCUGCGUGCGUUGUGCAGCAUGGUAUUGGUGACCAAUGGUUUCCCGGUCAUGUUUUUCGCAAUCUCUAAGGGAUUGAUAGGAGAAGGGCUCGUGGGGUUGGGUCUCGGAGGAGAGUUUUGGACAUGGUUAGAGUCGCUGUGGGCGUGGAAGAGUGCUACAUAUCUAUACAUAGGUAUGGUUCAUCUUCCUUGCUGGCUCCUCUGCCUCUACAUCUUGUUUCAUCCUUCUUAAUCGUUUCAUUACACACUUUGUUUCAAUAUGUUAUUUACUUCAUCCAACAACCAUAAGUUUGUAAUUUUUGGUGUCUUGAAAA